AUCUUGACGUCAUAUUCAUGCGACAUUGGAAUGAACACAUGCACCAUGCGUGUGAAAAAUAGAGGUGCAUGAAUUAAAUACAUAUACUUAAUAAAAGAACCGUAUUGUUCUCGAGAAGUCGAAAACAUCGUUUUUUGUCAUGGCUGGACACACGCUGGUAUUUAAAUCAAAUUAUGCAGCCUCCAGUAAAAUAGAGCCGUUCUAUAAGGGAGGCAAAGUACAGAUAAGUCGUGAUGAACAGCACAUCUUCUGCACAUGUGGAUCAAGAGUCAACAUUUUGCAGAUCAAUACAGGGAAAAUCAUACAUAGUAUUGAGCAGGAUGAUCAGGAGGACAUCACCUCGUUCUCUCUCAGUCCUGAUGAUGAGAUGCUGGUGACAGCCAGCAGGGCUUUGCUCUUGAAGCAGUGGGACUGGAAGCAGGACAAGUGCACUCGGUCGUGGAGGGCCAUCCACAAUGUGCCUGUGGCCAGCAUGACCUUUGACUGCACCUCCACCCUGCUGGCGACAGGAGGUUGUGACGGCACCAUCAAGCUGUGGGAUGUUGUGAAGCAGUACUGCACACACAAUCUGAAAGGGUCGUCUGGUGUUGUACAUUUGGUGGAGUUUCAUCCGGACAUCAGCCGGCUGCAGCUCUUCUCUUCCUCCGCGGACUGCGGGAUCCGGAUCUGGGACCUGCGGAGCAGCAAGUGCGUCUGUGUUCUGGAGAGCCACUACAGCGCCGUCACAUCGCUGGCCUUCUCUCCUGAUGGCCAAACCCUCGUCAGUUCUGGCCGAGACAAAAUCUGUUCGGUGUGGGACCUGAAGGACAAUGCGGUGAAGAGGACAGUCCCCGUCUAUGAGGCUGUGGAAGGUGUUGUUCUUCUCCCUGGGACGAGCGAUUACUCCCAGAUGGGUGUGAAGAGUGAAGAGUUACACUUUGUCACGGCUGGCAGCAAAGGCGUUCUUCGAGUGUGGGACUCCAGCUCAGCGCGCUGUGUGUUCACGCAGACUCUGCCGGAUGCACCAGCUCUCAGCACAGACGAGGCCGAUUUGGACCCGCGCUGUCUGGUGCACCUCCUGCCCAUGCCUCAGUCCAACAGACUGGCCACAGUCACCGCAGAGCACAACAUCCUCAUCUAUCAGAUGCCCACGCUCACCGUGCAGCAGCAGUUCGUGGGCUACAAUGAUGACAUCUUGGAUGUGAAGUUCCUGGGGAAGGACGACACGCACAUCGUUGUGGCCACUAACAGCGCUCAGCUGAAGGUGUUUGAGUUGGCCACUAACAGCUGUCAGAUUCUGUAUGGACACACAGACACCAUCUUAUCUAUUGAUGUAUUGCGCAAAGGCUCUAUGUUCGCCAGCUGUGCAAAGGAUAGGUCCUUGCGGCUAUGGAAGAUGGAUCCGAACAGCGGCUACGUGCAGUGCGUGGCUCAGGGCAGCGGACACUCCAACGCCGUGGGCUCGAUCGCCUGCUCCAGGUUAAAGAAAGUCUUCCUGGUUUCGGGCAGUCAGGACUGCACUAUUAAGGUGUGGGAACUGCCUGACCCUCUGCCCGCCGUGGGAUGUGAACCGGUCUUGAUGACGGCAAAACUCACAGAGAAAGCUCAUGACAAGGACGUGAACAGUGUGACCAUCUCUCCCAAUGACAAACUGCUGGCCUCCGGCUCUCAGGAUCGCACUGCUAAACUCUGGUCCCUGGCUGAUAUGAGUCUGCUAGGCAUCUUCAGAGGUCAUGCUCGAGGUAUUUGGUGUGUUCAGUUCUCUCCGGUGGACCAGGUCCUGGCCACAGCCUCAGCCGACGGCUCCAUCAAGAUCUGGAGCCUCCAAGACUUCAGCUGCCUCAAGACGUUUGAGGGACAUGAUGCAUCUGUGCUAAAGAUCAUAUUUGUCAGUCGAGGAACUCAAAUGGUGUCUAGUGGAUCUGAUGGACUUGUGAAGUUGUGGACCAUAAAGACGAACGAGUGUGUGAAAACAUUCGAUGCUCACCAGGACAAAGUGUGGGCUCUGCAUGGCAGCAGCAAUGAUGAGCUGAUGGUGUCUGGAUCAGCCGACUCCACCAUCACACUGUGGAAGGAUGUGACUAAAGUGGAGCUGGCGGAGGAGCAGGCCAAACAAGAAGAGCAAGUCCUUAAGCAGCAGGAACUGUCAAAUUUACUUCAUGAGAAGAAGUACCUGAAGGCUCUGGGUAUCGCCAUCUCUCUGGAUCAGCCGCACACUGCCUUACGAGUCAUCAGAGAAAUUCGGCAGCAGGAGGAUGGGAUUCAGGAGCUGGAAAAGACCCUCCUGAAACUCCGUCUGGACCAAAAAGAGUCGGUGCUCCGCUACUGUGUGGUGUGGAACACGAACGCGCGCAGCUGUCUGGACGCUCAGGCCAUCCUGCGGGUGCUGCUCACACACCUGAGCCCUGAGGAGUUGCUGCAGUACCAGGGGGCUCGCACUCAUCUGGAGGGCCUCAUCCCGUACACAGGUGUUCUGUCCAAACCAACCCACACACACCGUGACAUGCUAGAGAGCCUUCUGACCUCUCCAUUCACAUAUGUAGUUCAUUUGAAUCAUGUUUCCCGCAGAGAGACACAUGCAGCGGAUUGGCCGUCUCCUGCAGGCCUCGAUGUUUCUGGAUUACAUGUGGCAGAAAAUGCGCAUAACAGGCGGCAAAGAGAGUGUGAACUUAGACGAGGAUGAGAUGGAUACCAGUCCUCAGUCCAUAUUCAUCAUAGACAAGCAACCAAUGGAGAUGACAGACACUCGAGCAUCUCAGCAGCAACCGGAAGAGGACGAGGAAGAGGACGAUUUGGAGGAUUCAGGAAACAGUGUGGAGCUUCUUGAUGAAGGUGUCAGCACGUCUAAAAGUGCUCAUGUGAAUCGCAAGAAACCCAACGGGGUGAAUAGAGGCGCAGAGGGAGGUCAUGUGUCCAGUGAGGAGAGCGAAGAUGAAGAUGAAGUCAUGGAAAUUUCCACCAAGUCUCAGCCCAACACAUUUACAGGUUCUGCCCUUUGCAAAACAGCAACUAUAAGAUGAUUGGCUGCUGUAGCUGUCAAUCACAAGCCAUUUUAUUCAGUACUGUAUAUUGAAUUGAUGGACCAUUUCUGAAUAUUCUGAUUCAUCCACAUAUUGUUGCUUAAAAAAAGCGGUUACCUGUUUAUCACCACACCAAAUGCAAAAAAUGUAAUUUUUAAUGGAUUUUUUUUUAUCCUUCAAAUAAAUAACGAUCAUAUCUCUUGAACUGUUUUUACUCAAUAUAGCUAUAUAAAGUAUUUAAAUGCAGUGUAAAGUUUAAUAUCAUUGUUUUAGUGGACUUGAUAAAAAUAAGUUCAGAGUACUCAUUACUAUUGUUUUUAUAAACUUAAUUGAAUUGAGGCAAUCGGUUUCCUCAAGUGAAAUGAGUUCGCUUAACUUGUUAGGUUUUACAG